CAUGUUUUAUUAUGAAGGUCUUAAACCAGACGUGUUUGUCUUGUUUGUGUUAACGCGACCGCAUCUCGCAAACAUGUCUCCUCGUGUAUGAUUGCGUCUGUUUGGCAACUUAAUAGCAGCACGCGUGAAAGAUUUUUUUCACCAUUGACGACUUAGCCGCCUCGUGACAGGAAUCCUACAGAGAUGUCCUCCCCAGGAGAUGGGCCUGUCGGACAGGCUCCCACUGGGCUUGAGUCUAUCAUCAGCGUCACCAUUGGGGCGACGGUACCCACGGGGUUUGAACACACAGCUGCAGAGGAGGUCCACGAGAAGAUUGGUGUAGAAGCCCGCAUAAGUAAAGACCGCGGUCGUAUUUACUUCACCAUUACUACCGACAAGCUCUUCCAGGUUCACCUGCUCAGGUCUGUGGACAACCUGUUUGUGGUGGUCGAUGAAUAUGAUCAAUACCAAUUUAAAGAAUCAAAGGAGGAGACGUUGGCAGAGCUGCAACAGCUUGCCUCCAAGCUUCCGUGGACGAAUGCCUUGGAGGUGUGGAAACUGAACCGCACUUUGAAAAAGAGAAAAGGCCAACGUAAAGGAGCUAAUGGCGCUAGAGGUAAGCCCAGCAGUGAGGUCGAAGAGGCGAUUCCGGAUGACAAGUCACAGGCUGAGGAGCUGCCUGUACCCGAUGACCCAAACAAGACCGAGGUGGCACCUGACACCGAGACCAUCACGCAGGACUCUGAGGAAACAGAACCCAACGUCACCCCUCCAAUAAUCAAGUUCCGUGUGACGUGCAACCGGGCUGGUGACAAGCACAGCUUUUCCUCCAAUGAGGCAGCAAGAGAUUUUGGUGGAGCGGUGCAGGAGUUCUUCCAGUGGAAAGCAGACAUGACAAAGUUUGACAUUGAGGUCUUAUUGAAUAUACACAAUAGUGAGGUGGUCAUUGGCAUCGCACUCACUGAAGAGAGUCUUCACAGAAGAAACAUCAGCCACUUUGGACCCACCACACUGCGCUCCACCUUGUGCUACGGCAUGCUCAGGUUGUGUAAACCUCAGCCAUCCGACAUUGUACUUGAUCCAAUGUGUGGAACUGGAGCUAUACCUUUGGAGGGGGCGUUGGAGUUUCCUGCAUCCUUUUACAUUUCUGGAGACAACAAUGACAUGGCCGUAAACCGCACAGUAAACAACGUGUGUCACAUUCAGAAAAGGAAAGAAGACAAGGGCUGUGCACCCGGGCUGCCCAUUGACACAGUCCGCUGGGAUUUGGCCAGUUUACCAAUGAGGUCCAGCUCAGUUGAUAUCAUCGUCACUGACAUGCCCUUUGGAAAAAGGAUGGGGUCCAGAAAGAAGAACUGGGACCUUUACCCCUCCUGCCUGAGAGAAAUGGCGCGUGUUUGUAGGCCGACUUCUGGAAAGGCAGUGCUGUUGACACAAGACAAGAAAUGCUUUUCCAAGGCUCUGUCCAGAAUAGGGGGACUGUGGAGGAAGCAGCACACUGUUUGGGUCAAUGUUGGUGGUUUACACGCCGGAGUGUUCGUGCUCAGGAGGACCGGCGCCGCAUUUGGCCAAACUCCCGAAGAUAUCUACGAAUCACAAGGGACAGCGCGUACCGAAGGAGAUCAGGACGACACGCAGCGCUGUUAGGUUGCAGUUUCCCCUUUCCGCCAUCCCAUGUAUGUUGGAUUAACAUAAUUUAUUUUUUCUUACCUGAUUUUUAACUUUUUUUUUGUGUGUGCACUUUUUAUGUCGAGUGGCCAACCCUCAUUUUGCUCCACAUCCUAACAAAAAGAAAAUGCCGUGAUUAUUAUUUUUUUAUUACCCUUUUGUUGCCUUCACUUCAAAUACAAGAGCAAAAUGUAACAAAUGUGUUCUCAUUAUGUGGAGGUGUAUCUAAUGAAUUGUGACACCAGUGACCAGGCACAGAGUUACGUUGAUUUCAUGACACUUAUUGAAACUGGUUUUUGCUAACUUUUUUUGGCGAUCAAUAAAAUAAAAAAAUAAAUAAAUUUAAAAAAAAAAGCUGUUGUCAUGGGAAGGGUUAGUUGUAAAUUACCAGUACUCAAUUUGUCAUACAGUAGCACUAAAAAGUAUGUCCAAACAUUUGAAUCUUACUCUAUGUUCAGUGUGGUACAGUAAAUUAUUAAACUUAUUUGAAUGAGGAAGUGGAAAGAAAAAGUGGCAUUUGUCGAAUGUCGUGCCAAUGAAGAUUUGCAUGGACUAACUAAUGAUGUACAACCCUGCCAGAGCAACAAAACUAACUUUAUCGUGUUUUCUUCCUGCUGUCAUUAGCUUCCUGUUCGUGACAAUAUACCGUAAGAAGAUCCAGUGUUUCUUUAUAAGGAAUACUGUAUAUAAUUUGAAAAUUAACCUUGGGGCCAUAUUCGAUCAAGCCAUGCUUUUUAACACAGAACUCAUAACCAGUUCCUGCUUUUUUCUAGCCCAAUAUUUCUGGAUAUGGUUUGUCGUUGUUACUAUUUAUCUUGAUUUCAUAUUAUGUCAUUCUGAACUGGAAAUGUUCUAUUGCGCUUUUGUUUCCUGACGUCAUUUGCAAUUCUCUUUCCUCCUGUCUCAACAACACUUAUUCAGCCGCAAAUUAGUCUUGCAAAACCUGAAGCUGAGAUUCAUAACGUCGGAACCGUGCAGCAGACCUGCUUAACCACAAGGACACGUCCUACGACCCAAAUUAGCGCUGCAAUCUGUUCCUCACAAGCCAAAUUUAACAUUUUUGUCCAAACAGGUGUACCUUUAGUUGGUUAGUCUUUAAAAAAAAAAAAAAAAAAAAGAACAAGGGUGGUCUAAUAAUUUUUCCCAUGAUUCUAGAGUUGCUACAUUUGAUAUAAAAACUCUACACACGCCAAUUAAAAUGCCAGUGUUUUAUCCUAUCAAAAGAUGACACAAAUAAAUUCAAACUAUUUUACACAUUUAAUAAGACCAAGUGUGUCAACACCCUCGUAAGUAGAAC